GCUCAGUGUGGGCGUGCAAAAGAAAAGCUUAUCAUCCCCAAGUCCCUAUCCUCUUUUACCCCCGCUCAUCUGCAAAUCGCGCAUUAAUUCCCCCGAAAGGAAAAGUCGCGCCAUUUCUUUCAACUUCUUAUCAGUUCAGGGAUAAUGAAUGCUAUGACAAUAUACAGUCAAUCGCAGAUGAUACUUUCACCACCGCUCUAUCUCAGCUCCACCGUUCGCAGUAAUCGAUCUGUUUCUCUUCGAUUCAAAUUUAGAGUUCAAUCAUUCCUAAAACCUCUUCAGUCAAAUUCAAAAGAAAUUUCUAAUCAUCAGAGAUCAUCUGUUCUUGAAAACAGUUUAAGGGUUUUGGAGUGGGAUAAGGUUUGUGAUUGUGUUGCUUCUUUUGCUGGUACUUCUUUAGGUCGUGAAGCAACUAAGGAACAAUUGUGGUCAUUAAGUCAGAGUUAUGAAGAGAGUUUGAAUCUUUUAGCUGAAACUACUGCUGCUAUUGAGAUGCUUAAGUAUCGUCUUUGUGGUCUGGAUUUUACAGGCAUCAACGUUGCUAAGGUGAAAUCUGCUCUUCGACAUGCUAUGAGGAAUAUACCAAUGCAGGGCAAGGAAGCACUUGCUGUUGCUUCCCUUCUACAGUUUACAGAGAUAUUGCAGCUAAAUUUGAAAGUCGCAGUCAAGGAAGAUUCAGAAUGGUACAACCGCUUCCUGCCUCUGACAGAAAUGAUAAUGGAUAUGGCUAUUAAUCAAUCAUUGGUUAAGUCAAUAGUACAAGUCAUAGAUGAAGGUGGUUCUGUCAAAGACUCUGCGAGUAUAACCCUCAAGAAAUCCCGUGAUCAAGUGCGGACAUUAGAGAGGAAGCUGAAUCAACUCAUGGACAGCUUAGUUAGGAAUGAACUGAAGGGGACUUCUUCUUUGGAAGUGAGUCAUAUAAAUGGAAGAUGGUGUGUGAAAUCAGAAGCGGACCAACCUAUAAACGUCAUGGGGAUAUUGCUUUCUGGUGGUUCAGGUGUUGGAAGCUUGGUGGAGCCAUUCUCUGCCAUUCCACUAAAUGAUGAGUUGCAACAAGCUAGACUUUCAGUUGCCAAGGCAGAGGAAGAAGUCCUUAUGAAGUUAACGGAGAAGAUUGAGAGAAACCUGGAUGAUAUUCAUAAUUCCUUGAAUACUGUAAUUCAACUUGAUAUGGUAGUUGCUCGUGCAAAAUAUAGUAUUUCUUUUGGAGGAGCAUUACCUGAUUUAAUUUUCAUGGAAGAAAAGAGUGGGUGUUCCACUGUUGAUCUCCAUCCUACAGGAGACAAAACUGUCAAGGACACCUUAUCGUCCGACUCCACUCAGAGGCAAUGGACACUAUAUCUGCCAAAUGCUUAUCAUCCUCUUUUACUUCACCAGCAUCGACAGAAUUUGGAGAAAGCCAAAAAAAAAUGUCAAAGAUGCAAAAGAAGAAACCAGAAGGAGAAACUAAGAGGAAUAUAUGUCGCUUGCAGAAAAUUUAACUGAACACCUUCCCUCUUUAGAAAUGCAGGUUGUUAAACUGGAAGAAUCUCCUCCUGCUCCUGUCGAUUUUUUUGUUGGAAGGAGAACUAGAGUCUUGGUUAUAACUGGCCCUAAUACAGGUGGUAAAACGAUUGGCUUAAAGACAGUUGGUCUAGCUGCAAUGAUGGCA